GUUGGCUAAUGUCAAUCUGUGUCAAAGUCAAUCUGUCAAAGAUUGUUAUUGAAAAAAUUGUUUAACGUCAAAUAGUCGGCGGGACAAACGAAAACAUUCGCAAAAUUAAAGAAAAAUAAGUAAAUACAUCGUUUUGCUGAUAAAAAGUUUCUUCAAAUCUAUAAUUCUAGUCAUAAGUGCUUACUUGGUUAAGUUAUUAACAACUGUUUAUGCUUGUUAACUUGAAAAUCUGUGUUGUGUUGAAGUGCACUAGUUUUAGACAGAGACAUGGAUAAAACUGAAUCUAUCGGUAGAAGUAGUAUAGAAGGGUGCAUGAACAUCGAUUUGAUGCGGUCGCUGGUGAAGCAGUAUUCUGAAUUGGGACAAUGGACCAGUGCCCUGUUCUGGGCGGAUGCUGCAGCAGCUGCGGCAGGUGGAGGGCUGGACUCUGCCAGCGGUGACGAUGUUUGGCUGCUGGCCAGUGCCAUGCUCGCCAGGGGAGAACUACAUAGAGCUGCACAUGCAGUCACCUCUAGAGGACUUCAUAGACGUCAUUUACUAUGCCUGGGCGUAGCAAUGCGCGCGUUCCUGGCGGCGCGGGAGCCGGCCACCGCCCUCAACUUGAUGGACGAGUGCGAUCCCAUGCUGCUUGAACCCAGGAACACUGACCAGACGCAUAAUCGCGCCCUAGCAGGCGUGUUAGUAUGGCAGGCGCGCGCGCUGACGGCGCUGGAGCGGCGCGAGGCGGCGGCCGACGCACUCGCCACCGCGCUGCGGGCUGACUGCGCGCACUACGAGGCACUCGACCUGCUACUGGAACAACACGCGCUCACCCCGCACCAGGAGAGUGAGUUGAUCGAGUCGCUCCCCAUCAACUCCCAGCUGAGCGCGGCGGAGGGCGCCCUGCUCCGCGCGGCCUACAGGCAGCGCCUGCACCGGUACUCGCCCGCACCCGUCGCACUGCCGCCGCCCGAUACUGACUGCCCCGUAUGUAUACUUCUAUUAUUUCCACUUGACAUAAAGCAGAUAACAGCGGAGGCGGAGACGGUGGGAGGUCGUAUGAUGGAGGCGGCCCAGAGCCGCGCGCGGCGCCUGGCCGCCGCCUGCCGCUGGACGGACGCCCUGCGCGCGCUCGACACUGUCGACCCCUGGUGCUGCGUCGAGGUCCGCGCAGCGUGCCUGGUGGAGUUGAAGCGUAGUUCGGAACUGUUCGCGUUCGCGCACUCCUUGGUGGACGCGUACCCUCACGCCUGGACGUCCUGGUACGCCGUCGGCUGCUAUUAUUAUCUUAUUGGUAAGAGUGAGUUAGCGCGUCGCUACCUGAGCAAGGCGAAGAGCUUGGAGCCCAGCGCGGGCUGUGUCUGGCUCGCCUACGGACACAGCUUCGCCGCGGACAACGAGCACGACCAGGCCAUGGCUGCGUACUUCAAGGCUAGUCAGCUAAUGUCAGGCUGCCACUUGCCCCCGCUAUAUGUAGGAGUGGAAUGUUCCCUGCUAAACAACUUCACCAUGUGCGAGCGGUUCCUUACCCGGGCCGCCUCGCUACACAGCAACGCCAAGGUCAAGGCAGUGGAGGAGGGCGAGAGUGUGGGCGACAAGGCCCGCUGGUGCCGCGUGGUGUCGGCGGCGCGCGACCCGCACGUGGCGCACGAGGCGGGCGCGGCCGCGCUGGCCGCCGGGGACUGCCACGCCGCUAGGACACUCUUCACACUCGCGCUCGAAGCCGCCACGCCGCCCGACAAACAGGAGGUGAGUCCCCGUUGGGCGGCGACACUAGACGCUUUAGGCCAUGCGUGCCGUGCGCUAGGCCGGCCUCGGGAAGCCCUAGUCUGGCACGGACGAGCCCUAGCGCUCCGCCCCGCCCGGCCUGCGACACUAUGUGCAAUGGGCCUCUGCCACGCUCUGCUCGGAAAGGAGAGAGAUGCAGCUGCAUUAUUACACGCAGCAUUAGCACAUGAUCCUGAUGACGUAGUGGCGCUGGCGUUACUUGAUGCCAUCGUGGAUCGACUUGAUGCUCAACUCACAGAAGAAGAAAUCCCCCAGUUCCCGUUCCCAGCGGUGAACAUCUCCCCCCCGGCGGCGCCCAUAACGCCGCCUGCCGACGCUACCAACACUUCAGACAUGAGCAUGAGCUUCGACUAGUCAACAUCAGCUACUUAAAUUUCACUAUAUACCUUAUUCCAAUCUAAUAAGGUUCAUUUAUGUUGUUUACAUUACGUGCGCAUUGACGAAAUUCUCAACAAAUCAAAGUAAUCAAUGCACACUUAUUAAUAUUGUAUUAUUUACCUUGUAUCAAUGUAAUAAGAUCCAUUAUAGUUCUACACACAUGUUCGCUAGCAAUACUUCAUGUAGCUUCGACUAGCCAAUAUUGGUUAUUGUAUUAUAUGCCUUGUGUCAUUGUAAUAAUGCAUAUUUUUG